AUGGAGUCCUCUUUCUCGUCGUCGUCGUCCUCCAGGGAUAGAUCAGUAGCCGGUCACUCUGUAACUGUUCGUAAGACAAUUUAUGUGUCUUCUUCUCAAAUCAGCGGCGCCACCACUUUUGAAGUCUCCGGAACGCCAGCAGAUUGUGUGUCUUUAGCAUUAUUAGGGGAAUUGUUCUCGUGGUCAAAGCCUGCUUUGGUCGUCAAUGGAAUAAACAGAGGAUCAAGCUCUGUUUAUAAAGGCUUGCUCAGUUAUUUCAAAAGGGUCUUGUUUAUAAAAGCUUCAAGGUCAUGCUGUACAGUACUGGCUGCAAGACACCGUUCUCCAAUUUUGAGGCCAGUCAAGAAUAUAGGGUUUCACCCUUUUACUCCAUGA